AUGGCUUCGAUCAAGCAAAAGUCCGCGACCCAAGUCCAAGACUUCGCCGUCCUCCCUCUUGCCACUCCAGCAACUCAAUCCUACCCCUCCAACACCACCCACUACCUCUACCUCCGCCCAAAUGCCCCCCGAGCACCAACAGAAGACACCCCGCGCGAACUCUUCCUCGUCAACGUCCCCGUCGACACAACAGAGACGCAUCUGCGCUCCCUCUUCGCGGACCAGCUAGGCGGGGCGCGAGUAGAAGACGUCGAAUUCGAGCAUGCGAGGCUGGGCAAGGGCAUCAAAGCACCCGUUGUGCAAACGAUUGGCAAGAAGGGCAGGAAGCGGAAGCGGGAUUCCGAGGGUGCGGUGGUGGAGUCCAAUGGGGAGGAGGUUGGGCUUUUGCCGGAGGUUUGGGAGAGGGAACUCCAUCCUAGCGGCGCUACGGCUGUGGUAAGAUUUGUGGAUCGCGCGAGUGCGAGUUUGGCGUUGAAGGAGGCGAGGAGGGUUGCGAGGGCUGGUCGUCGUGUUCCGUGGGGUACUGAGGCGGUCGAAGCGAGAGUACCAGCGCUGGGAUCGGAGAGGUACUUGUCGCAUCAUCGAUUGCGCUUCCCGGAUGUCGCGGCUCUGCGUGGGAGUGUGGAUGCGUUCAUGGCUGCUUUCUCGGCACAGGAAGCGGAGCGGGCACGUGCCUUCGCGCGGCAGAGAUCUGCACCUGAUGAAGACGGUUUCGUCACGGUUACAAGAGGCGGAAGGAAAGGACCUGCAAGAGAGGCAGAGACGAAGGCGAAGGAGGAGGAGUUGAAGAAGCGGGAGAAGAGCCGGAUCAAGGAAGACUUUUAUCGCUUUCAGGUUCGCGAGAAGAAGAAGGAGAAUGCGAGGGAUUUGGUUAGGGGAUUUGAGGAGGAUCGCAGGCGGGUGGAGGAGAUGAGGAAGAGGAAGGGGCGUGUGCGGCCGGAGGGUUGA